UUUAUUCUUUGUUGGCCUUUUGCAGGGUGAUUUUGACCUUUCAACUGUACUCCCGAUCCCGAACCAAACAACAAUAUUUAGAACUAAUUGCAAGGCGGUAUAGAAAAUGUAAUAAGCAAGGCUUUUGCCCUUGCCUCCAAAUCUACUUCGGCAGAGAGAACCAAAAACGAUUUCAGUAAAUGGAAUUAUCCUUUCAGUUUAGACAUUCUAAUCUCUAUUCUUGUUCUUCUUCUGUUUCACUUCACCAUCCGUGCAAAAGAGAUCAAAGGGUUUUCGUUGGAGGUUUUAGUCGACCAUUGGCCUCGCAUAAUGGAUUUCAUUUUAGCUGCUGCCCUCACAAACAGCCGGUGCAGAGAUAUUCAAGAAAUCGUGAUAUCCUGCGUUCUUUUGUUCCCCCCCAUGCUUCUCAUUGCCCCACACUACAUCCCGCCACUCAAAAUAGUUUGUGGUUCGAGACCAGAUUAUUUCCCAACUCAGAGAGCAUUUUACCAAAAAGACGAGCCCGGUAAAAUACUCGAUAUUUGUGAAGGCCGUAAAAAAAGCAGAAAAAUUUCAAGGGACAUAGUUGCUAGGUCUGAACUCACAGGAUCUUCAGGAGCUUCAUAUCCACUGUCAGAAAUUUGGUUGAAUUCAAAGGUCAGAGGAAUUUGCUUCUAUGCUGCAACUGCCUUUGCUGCUGUCAUUUUGUUCGUGCCAAUGCUUCUGCAGCAUCCUUUUGUCCUUAUUUUUGACCGUUACCGUAGAAAAGCACAUUAUUUUAUUGCCAAAACCUGGGCUUUUCUGACAGUGGCCCCGUUUAUGAAGAUCAAGUACGAGGGAUUGGAAAAUCUGCCCUCAAUAGAUAAACCUGCGAUUUACGUCUCAAACCACCAGAGCUUUCUAGACAUAUAUACUCUACUGACUCUUGGGAGAAGCUUCAAAUUUAUCAGCAAAACUUCGAUUUUUCUGUACCCAAUUAUCGGGUGGGCCAUGUUUCUGCUGGGCGUGAUUCCUCUGAAGCGCAUGGAUAGCAGGAGUCAGUUGGACUGCCUUAAGCAGUGCAUUACUCUGAUCAAGAAGGGGGCAUCGGUUUUCUUCUUUCCGGAGGGUACUCGGAGUAAAGAUGGCAAAUUGGGUACUUUUAAGAAAGGCGCAUUCAGCGUAGCUUCAAAAACUGGAGUGCCCGUUAUCCCUAUCACGCUCAUUGGCACGGGUGAUAUCAUGCCUGCUGGAAGGGAAGGAAUAUUAAAUCCAGGAUCCGUGAAAGUUAUAGUGCACCCACCCAUAGGGGGAAAUAACCCGGACGAGCUUAGCAUUGUGGCACGGAAUAAGAUUGCUGGUGCGCUUAAUCAUCAAUGCUAGUCUACUUGAGCUUCAAGUCUUUUCUUUUGUGUGUCUGGUUCGUCUUAGGACUCGGGAAUGUUGAAGAGCAAUUUGUCU